ACCAUUCGUCUUCUCCAAAUUUCUCGCGAAGAAAACUUUUCCACCUGUUUCAAUCUUAAACAAGUCAAAAAUGCUUCUUAAGUCUGUUUCGUCUUCUUCAGCUCUCUCUCUGGUGAACUUCCAUGGAGUGAAGAAGGAUGUCCUUCCUUUAUUAUCUUCCAAUUCGUCUAAUCUUCGAGUUUCUUCUGGAAAAUCUGGGAGCUUAUCUUUCUCUGUUCGUGCGUCUAAGAGCUCAACCACCGAUGCCCUGAGCGGCGUUGUAUUCGAGCCGUUCAAGGAGGUGAAAAAGGAGCUCGAUCUUGUUCCAACAAGCUCUCACCUCUCGCUUGCUCGGCAGAAGUACUCCGAUGAGUGUGAAGCCGCCAUCAACGAGCAGAUUAAUGUGGAAUACAAUGUUUCGUAUGUGUAUCACGCUAUGUAUGCGUACUUUGAUCGGGACAAUGUCGCGCUCAAGGGCCUUGCUAAGUUCUUUAAGGAAUCAAGUGUGGAAGAAAGAGAGCACGCUGAGAAGUUAAUGGAGUAUCAGAACAAACGUGGUGGGAAGGUUAAGUUACAGUCCAUUGUGAUGCCUCUCUCAGAGUUUGAACACGUUGAUAAAGGAGAUGCUCUAUAUGGCAUGGAGUUGGCUCUGUCACUGGAGAAACUCGUUAAUGAGAAGCUCCUAAACCUCCACAGUGUUGCUUCAAAGAACAAUGAUGUCCACUUAGCAGAUUUUAUUGAGAGCGAGUUUUUGACAGAGCAGGUGGACGCAAUCAAGAUGAUCUCAGAAUAUGUAGCCCAACUACGACGAGUUGGCAAAGGACACGGAACAUGGCAUUUCAAUCAGAUGCUUCUGGAAGGGUAAGCAGCGUUCGAGGGACUCUUUGUGCCUAGCGUUUUCUAUAUGAAGCUCUCUUUAGUGAUAUGUAUGGAACUAGUUUAUUAUUAGUUCUUCAGCUUGUACUAUUUUGUGAGGUUUAGAUUUAAAUGCAUGAGUUUAAAUUCUGGUCUAAA